AUAAGAGCACACGUGCAAAGUUAGCUGCACGCUUUUUAUCCAAUAAAAAAUACCUAGAAACUAAAAUGGCUAUUGAGGCAAAAAAUAAAAGAAAACGAAAACAUCAGAACGUACAAAAUGAUGGUGAAGACUUGCCGGACGAUGGAGAAGUUGCAGUGCCGAAAAAGAUCGCCAAGAAAGUAAAACAAGCCAAAGAGCAUGAAAAUCUGCAUAAAAAGAAGAAAGGCAAGAAUCCUGCUACAGAGCAGGAAGCAGGUGAGGAUGAAAAAACACUAAACGGUAAGGCUGAUCAUACCGCCGAUGUACAAGAGGGAGAAGAAGAAGAAAUGCAGGAACACGAUUCUGGCUAUGAAGAGAAAGCGUUGAAGUUUUCAAAAGAUUUCAAAAUGCUAAAUUUUCGUACAAAGCUGCGCAGCAAUAAUUUCAUAACAGAGCUCCGCCACUUUCUGCAUAUUAUACAGUCACGCCCCAAACUAGUCGCCAAAUAUAUAGAGAAACGUGGUAAACCGCUGGAACUGGCCGAAGCGCUUGAGCGUGUGGACAAAACAAAUGUGCUACACAUCGGCUACCUUUGCCAAGCGUUGCAGCUUGUUUUAAUGGAAAUUGUAUCGAAUCAGAAGGAGCACAUGGAGUCGGCGGUAUAUGCCUCACGUUACUUCCUCAAAUCACAUGGUACUGUGAUCGAUCAACUGCUCAAAUCCGCACAAUUGCAGCAUCGACGCAUCGCGCUUAAAUUACUCACCGCCAUUGUGUGUGUCGAUCCACAAUUAGGACGUCAAUUGCUCGCCUCUUACGACAUACUGUCCAAUGUAAAGACUAUCGAAAAUAUGCUUUCACAUUCACCGCAAGAAUUGAAAGAAACUGAGACAGUACGCAAAUGCUUUAUACACUUUGUGCUCGCCUACCUAAUCGACGGUAAUACACUGCUUAUACGUAAUAUACUGGAUCGUGGCGCACUGAUACGUGCACUCGCCUCUGGCUUGCAAUAUGAUGAUCAUGUAACGGUUUGUGUCGUGGUCAGCACAUUGCGUAAAUAUGUCUUGGAGUGCAGUGAAAUAUCGAAGACCAAGAAAAUACAUGUUUUCGACGCAGAAUGCUGCAGGCACUUUGCGCGUCUCUACGAUUGGCUCGGACCCAAAGUGUACGCCGCCAAGUGUGCGGGUAAGCAAGGGCCGCACACACAGUUGCCAAUGGAUAAAAUCGAGCCGUUGGUGAAUGCGGAAGAGCGUGAUGCUGUGGCGAAAGUGACACAUGAAUUUCUGCUACUGCUAAUGACUUCACGUAAGCAUGGCAUCUGCUUUGACGCGGUCACAAAUUACCGGCAAAAACAUAACGCCAUACAGGGCAAAGUUAUCGGUCAACUCCUUAAACCCUGGUGUAAUGAACGCAAAUCAGAGCUAGUUAUACGCAUACUCUCCACUUGUCCGGACCUCGCACGUCACACGGUACGCAAUUUUGCUGGCAUUAUAAAUCCGCUGCGCACGGCACUGCGUGAUUGGAUUGCCGCUUGUGAAUUUCUCACGAAAAUAAUAUCCACAUUGCAACCGCAAUUGCUACGCGCUGCAUUGGAUAAAAUUACACUAACCGACUGCACCUACUUCAUCAAGGACGUGUGCUUGCCCAUCGAAACGUUGGCUUUAUUGACGGGCGCAAAAAUGAUCCGUCAUAAGAAUUUCGGCUUUCGUUUGGCCGCCAACAAGUUGUUGUAUGCCAUGUUUGCGCAAUAUUCAUCUUAUAUGGCGGCAAUAACAAAACGUGAAGAGGCGCGUGACAAUGUGAAUUCGCUGCGUCGCUUUCGUUUGGACAUUUUAAAUCAUAUUUUGGUGAAUUAUCCCACGGUCGAGGAGAUACUCUUCUCGCUGUAUAUGUCUAUAAAAGAUCAGGAAGCCGAGGAGGUGACCGUGUUGGAUCAUUUGGAUGUGUCGCUAGAUUUGUUGUUGAUUAUUUGUAAGGAGCAUCGUUCUUUUGUCAAUAAAACCAGCACCAUUUUGGAUUAUUUGAAUCUGUUGCGUCCGUUGUAUGCCGGCGAUGAGGCGGGCGAUGCCAGCACCGCAACAGGCAACAUUAAAUUGGAGUUGAAAGCCAUCAAAACCAUUCUAUUGUUGUUGCCAAAAGCACUAGACCCCACCGAACAGCUAUUUAGCAGCGUUUUGAAGUCCUUCAUUAAAGCUUUCAUGUAUGGCAGCGAGGAGGUGCGUCUUGAAGCGGGUCAGCUGUUGCACACGAUAUUUUUGAAUACCGGACUUUUCGAUUCUGGCGUUUGGGAGAUCGAUUUGUGGCUGGAGGCGUUACGUUUCUUUGAUGCCGACACCGUCGAUGUAGUGACUCAGGUGUUCAUUGAAGCGCUGCAGGUAACGCGUGUGGAUGUUGAGAUGCCGAAAACAACAGAAAACAUACUGAAUGAACAAAAUUUGAAGAAACUCUUCGAGAACAUCGAAAGCGGACUCUCGGUGCAAGCGUAUGUGGAGAGUGUCUCGAUAAGCAAGCUGUUGCCGCUCAUUUUUAAGGGUGUUGAAAUCAUCACGCCACUAGAUAAAUACCUAGAAACUGUGUGCCUACUACUCUACCACUACUACCCAAAACCAGAGCAAGUAUUUGAAUUGUAUAAGCAACAGUUCAACACGCUCGACAACUAUAUGCGCAGCUGGCUAGCCGCUAGCGCUAAAGAAUUAUCGCUAACAAGCGCUAAAUUGCCGGCAGAAUUGAGCGUUUUGGCGCAACUGCACGACGCGUUAGUGCGCGGUGAUGUCAAAUUUGCUAAAAUUUUCGCCAAGUCGAAGUCGUCACCGGAAGCGCUUGAAGUGACACUACGCGGCGAAACAGUCGGGCUCAGCGCUGAGCUGAAAAGUGAACGCCUACUCAUGAUCUACGUGCAGCAAGCGCUCUUCGUGGUUGCACAAUUGGUGGAGAAGCAACGGCUGACGCGCAGCCAAGCCGAAGCAGCAGCCGAAUUUCUAGGCGAUUGUGUUGAUGUGCUGUGCGCGCUGACAACGGCAGAGCAAGCACCGCUUUCAAAUGGUGAGCAGGACUACAAUUUCGUGGAUAAUUUGUUUAAAUAUGUCUUCAAUUUACGUUUAACGCGCGUACAAAGCACCGAGCUGAUCAGCGCCAGCAACGAAACGCAGCUGAGUUAUCUCUAUUUCUUGCGUUUGCUUACGGAGCGUUGCAAUCGCCACCCUUACUUUGUUACGCAUGCGGUGAAUUGUCGCCUAAAAGUGGUGAAGGCUAUUGCCAUCUCCAUACAGUCGCUGGAGCAAACAAAGGCGGCUAGCGAGCAGCUGCAGGAUGCUGUGCGCCUGGUGCGCGCCUUACAGCUGUGCGCUGGUGAAUGCAUUGAAGUGCUCGAUUUGUUGGUGACAAAACUGAAAUACAGCGACUUUGUGCUCGCGGAGACCAUGCAGAAGAGCGUCUACUAUGAGUUGUUGGUGUGCGCAUUGCAGCGCUUGGCCGCGUUGAAGCAGGCAGUGAAAUGCGAUUUUGUACCGAAGUUCACUAAGCUUUAUGUGAAUUUAGUUAAGCGUUUCGGUGCCGAAAUGGGCUACGAACAGCUGGAGGAAGCGCUAUACGAUUUCCUAAGCAUCGCGCAUCAGUAUAUACCACAAUUGGGUGCGAAAUUUUUCGGCGCAUUCUUUGUCGAACGACGCAUUGCCAAGUCUUCGAUCAAGCUCGCCUGUUUGCUGCUCGAGCGCGAUGCGCAGUUAGACGACGAAUUCGUGCAGCUGUUGCCGACACACAUGCAUAAGAAGGAGCUCGUUUAUCCGCUAAUCGAUAUUGCAUUCGCCAAAGGUUUGACGCUUGAGCCAACGCUGCUGCAAAAUAUCUACCAAUUGUUUAAGAGCGGUUUCAUGAAGACGAUCGAGAAGCCACAGAAAGCGGGCGUUAUCUAUAAGGAGCAUGCGGGCGCUUCCAUCGCUUUGAUUGAGCGCUGUAUGCCGCGUUCGGAGUGUGUGGACUUUUGUAAUAAAUCCUACAAAUUCGACGGCUUAGAGGUGUACCAGGUGCGCGUUAUACAUGCGAUCUACAGCAAGGCGUUCGGCGUCAACGCAGAUGCGACGAAUAACAACCAGCAGCGCGCGACAAUAUUUGUGAACUUCAUUAAUCUGAAAGUACAGUUGCUGAGUAUUGAAUUGAAGAAGCAACAGGUGGAUGCCGAGAAGCUGGAGUUGUGCGCUUUCCUGUUGCAAAAUUGGUGGCAACUUGGCAGCGUUGCGUGUGCUGCCAAGCCGUUGGAGACGAAAAAGCAGCGCGCUGGCAAGAAGAAGAAAGGCAACGCUGUUACUGAAGAUGUGGAUGAAGCGCACGAGCAAGUGGCACAGGCAGACAAUGACACUGCUACAGACUUCACGCCCGAUUUCACGAAGCUGUUGCACAAUCAGCAAUGGCUGAACUUCUGUAAACUCUGCCUCAAGCUUGGCAUGCAAUCCGUAGUGGGCGAUGAGACCGCAACCCUGCAGUCAGACGCCACGCAUGGCUUAUUGUUGCAAUUGCUUGCCUACCUCUGCCAGCAGCUGUACACCGAUUACACAACGGAGGUGGACGCUGCGCCACCAAUGGCGGAGCCGGCGCAACUCUUCGAUAUGAUUUGCACACAUUCCAAGUUUUUCGAUAUCGUUUUGUCGCCGCGUGAAACACAAGUGAAAACGCAAGUGCUGCAUCUACUCUAUACGCUGGCGCUGAAGAACCCGGCCGCGCUUAGCGAUGCUCAAAUACCCAUUAUAUUGGGCGCCUAUCAGGCGAAACUCAGCGAUGCUGAUCGCUACGCGCUGGCAUUGUUGCAACUCUAUGAGGUGCACGAUUGCGGCCUACAACAAUAUCGUCCCUUCAUUUGGGGCGAAAGCGCUAUAGCUUUCUAUGCGUUGCGCGCGGCCGACGAAGAGCGCGCCAAGCUGACACAGCAAGAGACUUCCAUAGCGCAGGUGAUGUCGCUCAUAGACCGUCAGCUUUGCGAAUACACAAUUGAUAAUUUUCCCAUUUGGCGUAAAUUGAAUGGUGCACAGCAGCUGCCCGUAAUUGAGUUCCGCGAUCCAUCAAGGAAAGCGCUAGUGUUCGGCGGCAAUGAGCUAGAGCGUCGCAUUGAACGCGGUGAGGCGCAAUUCGAUGAAGCCGAGUUGCGCUUGUGUCCGGUGCGCGCGCGUGUUUCCCAGCAAUGCUAUGAUCCCGCCUUCUUUGUGCCGCUUAUGAAUAUGUGUUUUGCGCCUGAAGCGUAUUCGCAUCCAGCGCGUCCAGUACAAAAUGGCUUACUGUCGUUGGUGUUUGCUGCACUCUCAUCGCAGGAUCGCGAUAUGCGCUUGGCAGCUGGCUGCGUGCAGUUGCGUUAUCGCGCGCACUUCGAAGCGAACAAGUUCUUCGAGCGUCCGUUGUGGGUGCAGGCAUACGAUAACAUACAGGCGGGUCUUAAUGAGUUGCGCGAGUCGUGGGUGAAGCACAAGAAGAAUAGCGGUACACCACGCGUACCAUACAUUCCCGGGCUGUUCGUGGCGAAGACCUUCAAUCUGACCACGGAUCCAACACAUUUACUCUACAAACAACUCACCAUGUACUUGCGCUUGAAGAGCACUUUCAAUUUUCAAUGUGUGCCCGAGUUCAACGUGCUUUUCUACUCGCCGGAAAUCGAGCAUCAAGCCUUCCGCCAAUUCAUUGUCGAAGUCAUACGCAAUGGCUUGAAAUCAGGCUCAGAUCUUUUUUUGCUCGUCACCACGAACACCUUCAAAGUGCUGCAAGGUUUCUAUGGCAGUGCCAUGUCUACGCUGGAUAUGAAUUUGCUCAUACUCUCCGUUUUCUCGACUUGCGCCAAAAUACCCGCAUCUUCGAAGGUUAUGAUCGAGCAUGUCGGCCUCCUACCCUGGCUCAGCUCGGUCAUCAGUACCAUUGAGUUCUACCACUUCGACAUUAUUGAGGGUCUCAUUAGCACAAUUAGCAACCUCUGGUAUUCCGUAAAAGCUUUUGCGCACGAAUUCCACAAUUUCGCUCAUAUUACGCUCGAACUGCAUUUGCUUGUGCUGGGUUUGCUGCCUCAUCUCUCGGCACGCAUUUCGCCGCAUAACUUUGCGCGUCUAAUGAAUAUUCUGCAGAAGACUUCGUGCGGCCAGCAUCGUGCCGUGUCGGAGACGCAGUUGGCCAACUUGAUCGAAUGCGCUGGCAAACAUUAUCCGUCGCUUGUACAGGACAUCGAAGGCAUCAAGGCGUUUGGUGGCGCUGGCGCGGCCACACAUGAAGCUUACUGUCGGCAAUUGUACGCGGCGUUAGGCGACGCGACGGAUGCGUCCACUGCACUUAUGACUUUGUCGAGUCUGCGCGCCUACACGAUCGAUUGGUGGCAGUGCAGGCAUGCACAGAAUGCACUGACUGCUGCGUCAGCGGAUGUUGAGCUAAAUGCAACAGUAGGGGACUAGGCAAACACCCUGUUCAUAUCCAUCUAUUGAUUAGUCUUAAAGAAUGUUUAGCGUUAAGUUUUCAAUUUUUUAAAUAUUGUACUUCCUGUAGUGGUGAUUAUUGUAGAAGAAAAAAAUAUGUAUGUAGAUGUCUGAGCUUAUUAGUACGAAUAAAAAAAAUGUUAUACACCAUUAAA